CUUCUUGAAUUGAAUCCUGAGGCUUCCCAUUUUCUCUCUCUCUCUCUUUCCCCCACCAAGCACCGCGUGCCUCUGCUCUGAGGGGGCGGCCAUGAACUGCCCUCCGUUACAGAAGAUCGCCAUAUCAGGGCCCACACUCACCUCCAUAAUCCAACGUUUCGACUCCUCAAAUGGAGACGUGGACGGCCUCCUCUUUGGCCACUUCUCUGACCUCACCCCUUCCGAUCUGCCGGCCGACGACGGACCCGACUUAUCAUCGUCUUGCUCAGACUUGCCCACUGUCGUCGCCACCAUCACAAGCUUCUUCUGUUCCGGCACUGUCAAUAGUUUCUACGACUCAGUGGGUCGUCUAGACCUUAAUGCUCUCCGCCGAUUUAACGGUGACGGAGUACCGCCCCAGUCCUUGAUCGGCUGGUUCGUGGGGAGGCGCAGAACCCCUUUACGGCCCUCCAUGAGAGAAUCCUCAGUCACGGCCUCUCUCUCCAACAAAGCCCUUAACUUGGUUUCCCCUGACGAUCCACUCUCUUCUAGUCUCAGUUUUCCUCCUUGCGUCUUCAUCGUCUUCUCGACCCCCUUAUCCGAUCAAUUGAUUCACACCCAUGAGUACCGAGCCUUCCAGUUUCGUCAAUCAGCUGGUGUCUUCGAGCCCAAAUCAAUGGAUGUCGUCAAUAUUGGACCUUUGUUUCGGGGACAUUACAGUGCGUUUUCACCUAGCUCGUCCUUCCCAUGGUUGCCUUGUGGAUUGAGCCAUCCGGAGGACAAGAGAAGCGAGAGCUUAAAUCAGAUGAGACGGACAUCGAAAGAGCAGCAAGGUAUGGAUUUAUGUGCUGAAGGGUUCGAGGGCGCGAGGUUGAGUCGUUUGAUGGGUUCGGAGGCUACCAACUAUACUUCCGACUUGGAGGGUUUGUACGGAAAAAUGCUUGCGAAGCUCGAGGGACUGGCACGCCUUGUCGAGCAGAGUUCGGCUAGGGUCCUUGAACAGGAAAACCGAAAUGUAAAGUUAAGGUUGAAAGUUGCGGGCUUGGAAUAAUAUUUGGAUGCUGAUAUGACCAUUUUUGUUGUGUCAGAUGGUGGAGAGUCCAGCACAGUGCAAGAGUGUUGUUGCUUCUUUUUUGUUAUGGCUCUGCAUUCUACAGAUCCUUGGCCUGUUGCUGGCUAUGUUCAAAGAUAAGCUUCAAGGUUAGAUCUAUGAUAUGUGGACAUCGACAAUAGUGCCUGGUGUAGAAACAGAGCCUGUGUAUUCGAAAUGGGAACCACUCAAAAUCCAGAAAUGAGGACAAGCUUUUGGGUAUUUGAUUGAUCAAUUAUCUUGAUAUGUAUUUGAAUAUAACUUCUCAAAAGGGGAAAAAAAAAAAAAAAAAAAAAAGAUAUGUAUUUGAAUAUCGGAAAAAAUAGUAAUAUAUAUUCCUUCUUUAAAAGUGAAACCUAACACAUUCGGACUGUGUUCAUAAUAUUGGAGCUGUGGAUAGAUCAUAGAAGUCAUGUGAUUGAUAAGAUACUAUUUUGAUCAGCAUUGAUAUCGAUAUGUGGAUGGUGUAUUCCAUAUUUUAUUUUGUUAGUGGACAAAGUUUUGUUCACCA